UGCAGAGAUAAAAGGCGUGCUGGAUUUGACUGUUUUCUGGACUACUGUGAAAUCUGCAGAUAUCUUUUUAGGGCUGAACUCUCAAAAAACGCGUUAAGAGAAGAGCAACCCCCUCGCAUCACAUCACAUCACAGGAGCUGUGUGGCCGAAGCUCAACAGCAGCGCGAGAGCGAAACUCCGUGAAGGAGCGCGCGGAGUAGUGCACAACGUCUAGCCUUUAUUUUGCAUUUCUUGGGCGACGACAGAAUAAGAGAAACGGGGGACAUUUCCUUCGGUGGAUAUCUGACAUGGCGGGUUCCAGCACAGUCUAUGUGUUUGUGGGAUUUGUUCUAGUGUUGCUCGCGCUGGGAAGUGCUUUCCAGAUCACUCAAGGGUCUGCUUAUUCAAUUCUUCAAGGAUUGUCACAGGAUGAUGAUGUCACAGUGGAGCUUUUAAGGACAAGGCGAUGGCUUCUCAUGGAGCCCCUUCGAAUGGAAAGUAACAAAGCCAGUCAAGACAGCUUGACACCUGAGUCUCAGGAUUCACCUGGAACACUGGCUGAUGAUGACGCAGACAAAAGCUCCCAAAUAUUGGAGGACACAGAUCAUAAUUACUAUACCUCAAAGAUUUAUGGUCCCAAUGACCCUAUGAGUAAAGAAUUAUGGGUAAAUAUUGAUCAGAUGGACAAAGAGAAGGUGAAGAUUCAUGGCAUCCUGUCCAACACACACAGACAAGCGGCGCGGGUCAAUCUCUCCUUUGAUUUUCCAUUUUAUGGACACUCUUUGCGAGAGAUCACUGUUGCAACCGGAGGGUUCAUCUACACGGGUGAUGUGGUGCACAGAAUGUUGACAGCCACACAAUAUAUUGCUCCACUCAUGGCAAACUUUGACCCCAGCCUGUCCAGAAACUCAACUGUCAUUUACUUUGACAAUGGAACUGCCUUGGUAGUGCAGUGGGAUCAUGUCCAUCUCCAGGAUUCUUAUAAUCAAGGAAGCUUCACCUUCCAGGCCACGUUACACAGUGAUGGACGAAUUAUCUUUGCCUACAAAGAGGUCCCAAUGCAGAUUGCUAAAAUCAGCUCUGUCAAUCAUCCAGUGAAGGUUGGGCUGUCUGAUGCCUUCGUGGUGGUCCACAAGAUUCAGCAGAUCCCAAAUGUUCGGAGGAAGACUAUCUAUGAGUAUCACAGAGUGGAGCUGCUAAAGACCAAAAUUACUAACAGUACAGCUGUGGAAAUUAUGCCACUUCCCACAUGUAUUCAAUUCACAAGCUGCUCUUCUUGCACAGCGUCACAGAUUAACUUCAAUUGCAGCUGGUGUCACCGACUCAACAGAUGUUCGAGCGGCUUUGAUCGCCAUCGACAGGACUGGGUGGAUAACAGUUGCCCAGAUGAGACAAAGGACAAUACCUGUGACAUCAUCAGCACUACUAAUCUUAACCUUCUAACCACUCCAUCAGUUGCCAAAAUGACAGCAAGGCGCAAAGGAACUACUGAGGGACCAUCCACCCAGGCCACAUCACACAUGCCUACCAGCAUGCCAACUGAAGACGACACCAAGAUUGCACUACAUCUCAAGGACAAUGGAGCUGCUGCAGCAAAAAGUACAGCAGAGAACAGCACACACUCUCUGCACAUGGGUCUGAUCCUUGGGAUGCUUGUGCUGCUACUUGUGAUGGUGGCCAUCGGUCUGGUGACCGUCUACAUCUACCAUCACCCGAGCUCUGCUGCAGGACUCUUUUUCAUUGAGAGACGCCCCAGUCGUUGGCCUGCGAUGAAAUUCCGCCGGGGUUCUGGUCAUCCAGCUUAUGCAGAGGUAGAGCCUGUCGGUCAGGAAAAGGAGGGCUUUAUUGAAUCAGAACAGUGCUGAUGAUUACAACUGUGACUUUUGAAUUCACACACUGCCCAGUGACCUUCUUGAUGUCUAACUGUACAUCCAUACAUCUCAAGUCAUAAGGUUCCACCAACCCUCCAAAUGCAAACCACUGACAAAACUGAAAACAUUGAGGGUAUGGCAUUUAUGAUGAAAAUGGCAAGAUGGUGAUAGCCGCAUACAGAGGACAACUGAAAAAGCCCUUUGCUUUGAUCAGCUGGAUAAAUGAUGAGCCAAAAGCUUCUGCUCUUGACAUGACGUAGGAGCAGCUCUGAUUGUACAGGAAGAGGCUUUAAUCUUUGAACCUCAAGAUGUGUUGUUGAACUGAUGGUUUGAUUCUGAUUUAUUGGGCCUUCAGAGUUUUGUUUUUUUUAAUUGCUUGAUGAAAAUUCCAGAGAUGCACAUUCAUUUAAUACUUGUGUUGGAAAUAUUAUAUAGACAUUUAGAUAUCUUUACAAGGUUUUUUAAAGGGUUUCUUAUAUUUUUUCAGAUGCUUGUUUCUUUAUUCUUUUAUGAUUUCAUCUCUUUGAUUUGAGUUUGGAGAUGUCUGAUGACAUUAGCUACAGAUUAGCUCAGAAAAUACCUAUCAAAGAAAUGCACACUGCAAUUCAAAUACAAUUGGAAAAUGUUCUGUGAACAAACUCUUUUGAUUAUUUUUCAUAGACAUUCCUAAAAUGUAGGACAUUUUUGCACAUAUCCAUUUGAUGCACAUAUUUUGUUACAUUUUUUUCUCAACUUUUGUUACUAAUGCAAAUCAGUCAGGCGCUUAUGAGGUUGUGUGUAUGUGUGUAGAUCUUUGUUUAAAAGUUAGUUUUGGUAAAACUGAGGUAUGUUUUGAUCCCUUCCAUUCUGUGUGGUUGAAACUGAAGUAAUAAAUUAAUUCAGAGGUAAAAGAUGUGGUUUCAUACACAAAGAAUAAUUCAUUACAACCCAAAGCUUAUAAACAUUCAACAUGUUUUUCUAAAUAAUCAUUUCUAUUAUGUUUGAUAAUAUAAGGCACAAUUUAUGGUAGCACUUUAUUUUACAGUACUGUUCUAUAUUUUUGUACUAUAUAAUUACAACAACUAUAGUAAUUACUAGGUACUAACCCAAAACCUAACCCUAAACUUAACCCAUAUUAAGUGCAUGUAGUUAUCUCAUAUUACUUUCUUGGGUAAGUGCACUGUAAGUGUACUGAUAGUACUAGUAUUGUAAAAUAAAGUGCAACUCAUUUUUUGCUUUGAAGGUUCACAACAUUUAUCCCUAUGUAACUCAAUUAAUUAGGGCACAUACUUUUGAGCCUACUUAAAAUCUAUUCAAGUGUUGUGUAUUGACCAAAGAACUGUUAUUACACACAGAGAGGUAUGAGAAAACACUUGUUUAAGCAAUAUCACCUCAAUCCAAGACACAGACCCAGUACACCCAUAUAACUUUUCCACCGGCAUAGUUCGGGUGCGGGUUCAUGGGCUGGUGCGAAUUCUCAAACUGUUCUGCGCAUUUCCACCACAGAAAAGCCAGAAACCUGGUUCUGCACCGGUCCCAAAAGCUUGCUGGUCUCUAUGCAGGAACUGAUUGCAUCAGGGGAUGGAGGGUGUGAUAAUGUUUCGUUACCAGAUAAAGUUUUCCAAAAACAACAACAGUGGCUGCCAUCUGCAGCAAGAAGUACUUCUUCACUCUAACAACAAUAAAAAUAAAAAAAACUCAGUAUUAUCAGACAUCAAAAGCAUUCAGGUAAGAUGACAAAACAAGUGCUUUACUUGCGAUAUGGUAUUUAUGAAGAUCUGAGAUAAACUACAGAGAUUGCAAAGGGAACAAACAGUCUAUGAGAAUGAAGAUACAGAACACAAUGAUGCACGCCAACUUCAAUCAGACAAUUGACCAAAUCAUAAACAAAAUGAAAAACACUUCAGGGAGUGCAUGGAUCAUAAGAUGGACAUAAGUUAAAGCGACAGUGAACGGAGCAAAAGGUUUUUGGAGUCAGACCAGCCUGUUAAAUAACCGGGGUAUUAAAUUCAGCCAGUAAACUCGUGAUAAACAGUGAAUCGCCGGUGUCCUCUACAUCUGAUCUCAGUACGUAUAUUUGCCAACUUCUUUAGCUUUUCUUACACUGUUGUCAUCUUUUUUUGUGCAUUGUUUUGUUCUGUAAGGGGAUUUUUGACCAGCUACUCACUAAGUUUGGAAUAUCCCAAUGUUAAUUAUGAUUCCACUGUAACAGUUUACAGAACUUAACAAGUUAUAAUGUAAUUACAUUACCUGUCAUCUUUAGCAUAGAUGUUGUCUCUGACAGUCUUGUUGAGCAAUGUUAUAAGGAUGGAUUGCAUUACGCCGUAUAUAUAAAUAUGUCCUCAAAAACAAGAUUAAAAGCUGUAUACAAACACACUGUGACAGAAAUGCUUCUGAUGUGGUUACAAAUUAUUUUUAAGUUGCGAGUUAAAUGAAUGCUUACAUCUUAAAAAAGCAUUUCUUUUAUACUGAACAACCAGACAAGAGGAAUGGAUCAUAGUUUGUCUUUUGUAAUUUCAGUAAACCUAUAGGCGCAGUUCCAGAGAGUUUCAUUUAUAAUUUAAGUAUGAUAGGAGUUUUAUGCACCCAUACAAGAAAGAAAAUCUGUAUGUUUUUAACCUCUUAACAGGGUGGCCCACCAGUACCUAUGUUUAAAUUCUGUUUUAUCACUUUCUCCUCUGGAACGACCUGAUUAUUUUCAGCAAAUGUAACAUGAAUGUAUGUAUCUGUGUGUGUGAAAUUGAAUCUGAAUGUCAAUGAAUGAGCACUGAAGAGGAUGCCUAUUAUGUGAAAUGAUCUCAAUAUAUUUGAUGAGUGAUGCCUGCUCUCAAAACUGGGGAAACAUGCAUUUAGUAACCUGCAUUUUUGAUAAUCAUAACUUUGUUGUGCCACGCAUUGAGACAGUGAAAAUACACAAUGCUGUAAUCUGUGUACUCUUGUGUUACUACUGUCAUUUUGAUUAAAGUUGGAAUAAUAAAGUUGU